AUGAUAACAACAAUGUUAAAUUUACAAGUAGAACUAUGUCGUUUGCAUACAUCAAUGUAUGCUAGUUGUGUGAGUAGUAGUGAAAGUAUGAACGGAGUUUACGGCGAUGCCAUUACUUAUGCUUCUGCUAAUAAUACUGCAGCUUAUAUAUUGGAUAAUGAAUAUAAUUAUGUUGAUGACAAUGAUAAUCAUCCUAUCAGUUUAUACUUAACAUCGGUAAGUACACUGCAUACUGAUGAUAAUAAUUUCUAUUCAUUAUCUGAUAAUGAUAGUGAUUUUUUCAGUACAUAUUUACAAAAUCGCCACCCACAAAUUCGCGUCAUAUUCAGGUUGAUAAACACAGGUUGA